AUGCAUACAGAGGCACUAUGCUGCAUAUGCAUUGAUUCGCUUUUGCAUUGCGACGAUUUUGUUUCACCCGGGCCCUUGAUCCGCUGUGAGAGUCCCUAUAGCACAGCAGACACUGCACACCCAUCAUACGACGCCCGCGAUAAUCCCAAUCCGCACCCCGCGACGGCGCUCAGGCAGCAGCGAUUCCUCGCUUCGUCCCUGGCCUGUACAGCGGGUCGCAUCGCACAGCGAAAACCAGAGGAGCCUGGGGAAACGUCGUCGACGACCACCUCCAAGCCGUCCGUCACAGCCAUGUCGGAAUCCGUCGACUCGAUCGUCAAGGGCGCCCCGGCGCCCAACAUGGAGGCCAAGUCGCCGCCCGUGGGUACGAGCCCGCUCGGAGCCGUCAAGCCCGGCGACCCGUUGAACCACACCCCCAGCUCGCCAUCCAUGAUCUACCUCAACAUGCUGAUCCUCGAGGCGUCGUUGCGCGCCCAGUUCCUGACCCUCCGAGCGCGCCGGCGCAAGCACACGUUCUUCCUCAGCUUGCUCAGUGUGUGGAAUGCCGGCUUCGCCUACGCCCUGUUCUUCGCGCCCCGGGAGGACGGUGUCGGAGUGGGAGGCUCGGUGUACUGGAUGGUAGACAUGGCAGAGAAGGUGUGCUUCAUGGCCGGUAUUCUCACCGCAUUGCUAGUGUGGGCCACCGGGAUAUGGGAGCGAGGCAUACGGUGGCCGCGGCGGUGGUUCGGCAUAUCGAACCGCGGCCUGAGAGGAUUCAACUGCAAGCUUGUCAUCAUUAAGAGAUCAUGGUGGGUUGAGCUCGUCUCGACUAUUGGCUUCUUCUUUACGUAUGGGGCGUUCUCCAAUACUUCAGGCCAAUACCGCUUUGUCGAGCCGUCAAUCCUGCGUGAGGUUGACAAGGAGCUGAACUUGUCGCACCAAGAUCACCCCCAGUUGCCAUUUGUGAGCACCGACGAGGAGAAGGGGGGCCACGAAGAGGAUAUCGCACCCGGCGGAGACUAUGUCAAGCUACUUCUGCUGCCCAAACCAUUCUCGCCCAACUUCCGUGAGAACUGGGAGCUGUAUCGGACCGAAUACUGGGACCGAGAGAAUGAGCGCAGGGCGCUACUACGGACGAAACUAAAGCAACGGGACAGAGAGGCUGCCAAGCAGCAGAGCACGUGGCUAUGGUGGCUGCCCGGCCGGAAGAAGGUGGAGGAGAAACUGCACCCAGCACACCAUGAGAGCGAGAAGACACUGCAUCAGCGACAGUCGAGUAUUUUGAAGGAACACAAGCGCGUUCGAAGCGGUAGCAACGCCCGCCGAAGUAGUAUAUCGGCAGGCUCGUCUCGCAGCCCUACGCCUCCGACCGAGCUCGAGGAGGGCGGACCGGUUGCUAGGAGAGGCAGCAACGCAUCCACCUCGUCGGCGAAACGGGGCAAGAAGCACUUGUCGUCCGGCUCGAGAUCGAAGCGGCCCGGCGUCGAGUCGCGAUCCGUGACUCCGGAUUUCCCCUCGCCGCUCGCCAAGGAAACCAGUGCCACUCCGGACGCUGGGUCCGAGGGAAGCGGCCGGACGCUGAGGAAGAAACCCUCGAAAUCAAGCAUUUCACAGCAAGAGUAG